AAAAUCUGAUUCAAAAGUCACAUGUGUAAUACAAGGCUCCUCAAGGAGCACAUACCAGCCAGUAUCGUCCUGUCUUUUUUUUCUUUUUUUCUCUCUCUCUACAUCUGGGUUUCAGUGUGCCUGCUCGCAAUUGGUGGCUGCUGAUCACUAAGAAUAACUGGGCUCAUCGUGGGACUGGCCUGCAUCAGCCACAGAUUCCCACGACCCCUCCUCUCCUCGCACACAGAGAAUAAUCCAAACACAGGCUGCGGAGGCGCACAAGCAGCGAGGACUCGCGCAGCGGGAGCGCCUUUGCACCACUUUUUACUGAAACUGUGUGCAUUACAAAAGCUUCAUUUGAGGCUCGCUGUUGCGCUUCACGCCGGCUCACACGGCAACAAAAAGAAGAAAGGGUGCAGAGGAAGAAAGACGCCGUCUUGGUGUUUGUCGGAAUGCGUUGAAAGUCCGGAUUUAACACGCGCAGGGAGUGGGAGGAAUACGGGUUAUUCCUUUGGAGGAUGCCGAAGAGCCAGCCUGUGCUCCGGAUAUACCUCAAGAACAAGUGUGAAGCCAGAGGAUGACGGCAGCCGGUCCCGACCGCAGCAGCCCCGCCUCCUCCCACUCGUCGCGGUCAUCGGCUCUUUGCCUCCCGGCGUGUGCCGGGCACCUGUGGAGGGGCAAGGCCUUCCGGACCAAACUGCCCCUGCGCUCUGCCCCGGGCGUGUGGCUCCUGCUGGGCGUGGUGGUGGUUCUGGUGGGGAUGGCCGUCGCGGUGGCGGGCUACGUGUCGGCCGCCCCGAAGCCCGCCGCGGGCGGCCGAGGCAGCACCCGCGUGGAGAGGAUGAAACUGGCCGGACCCGUGGUCAUGGGGGCGGGCCUGUUCAUCUUCAUCUGCGCCGCCACGCUGCUGUACGAGAACCGGGACCUCGAGGUCCUCAGGCGAGAGGCGCCGGACGACCUGGAGGAUCUGAAGGGAGGAGACGGCUGGGAGGACUCGCAGGAGCUGCCCAGCUUCGGCUGUCGGGAGCAGUGGGAGUGUAAAGAUGGGGGGCGGGGGUCCUGGGCCCCUCCGACCCACAUGCUGCCCCUCUCGGACCACGACUGUGGCCCGCCGCUUCCUCCGCCUCACAGAACGCCACGCCACGCCAGCUUCCGGUCCUCGCAGUCGGCCCCUUCGGAGGCAGGAUGUAGAGAUGCGGAGGAGGAGGAGAAGGAGGAGGAGAAGGAGGAGGAGGGCGAGGCGGAAGGAAGGGCGAUUCUGCUGGCCCAAGUUCUGCACCAUCAGGAGCCAAUCCCUCGCCCUCCCUCCCCUCGCCCGUCCGCCUCCCACUCCUCCGUCCACUCGGACUCUUGCAACUCCAGCGAGAUGAGCUUCGACCCGCGGACAGGCUUUCCUCCACCCUGAACCCCGCCCCGCGCUCCGACUCCCGCCGCCUCAUCAGACACGCGUGAUGUGACGAGCCUUCGCUCCUUCCUCCACAGCCGGAGGAAACGUUUGGGCGGUGUGUUUGGGUGGUGUGUCUGGGUGCUCUGCGAGUGGCGCAGCGGCUCUGAGUCACCGUCCGACGUCGUUCUCUUGACUCGCCCACGUUUGAAAGAUCGGAGCCAGGCCCGUUUGAUGUCAGCUCGCCUUCUUGCUUCCUUUGAACUCACCCAUGCCAGAAAUCCCAAAGGCCACCGCUCCUUUGACCAUAUUUGGACGUGAGGGGGAUUGCUAAAAACUUAUUUGGGUGCAGGCAGCGAGAGAUGGACACCCCCCUCCCCUCUUCUCUCUCUCUCUCUCCCUCUCUCACACACACACACAAAGAGCAUUUACUUUUCCUUGCUGAGGAGGUUUCGGUUAAGAGGAUGAGCCAGAUAAGGUCUUAAAUGCGUCUUUAUCUAAUCUCACACAUACUGUUAUCUGCUCUUUAUCUGAGGAAAUUGUGUCUUUGUAUUAACACGGGACGAGGCCACACUCCUCAUUGGACACCUACGGCCACGCUAUAAAUACCAGCUGCUUGCUCUGCACGGUAGCGCGUGUGGACUUAAGUUUCCGUGAUUUACUGUAAUUCGUUUUUUAAAACGUUUUUCAUCCACGGCGUCAGCUGUUCAUUCCUCUCUUCUCUCGAGUGUGGUGAGGCGAGAUCUUGAAGAAUUGGUGAAAAAUGAAAAGAGCAAUGACUGAAGAAAAAAAUCAAUCAAAAUCUGGCGAACUGCUAUGAGUUAUUUCUGACAAAGCGGUGGAAUGAGUCGUGUAACUGAAGCCUCGCUCUCCCACCAUCCCGACCUUUCAUCUCCUCUCGCUUCAUCAUCUGAUUCCUACGCUUUAUUCAAAUACCCCUCCGUCCUCCAUCUCACUUUUUCUGGCUUAAACAGGGCAAAACAACGCGGAGAGAGGAACGUUAACGGGUCCAAUGAAGCAAAAGCGUGCGUGUUGGAACAGUCUUGAGAGCUGAAGGAGGGAAGAUGUUAAUUAUCGCCAGCAUUUUCUCCUGCAGCCUCUAAUGACACGGGGGAUCAGUGUGAGGGGUUUUAUGGGUCCAUUAGGAGCGCACAGUGUUUCCUCCUCCUUUGGGCCCAUGCUGGGAUGCUGGGAUGCUGGGAUGCUGCCACCCAGAUGACGACGGAGGCCAAAGCGUUCGCUAAUUUGCAAACAUUUCGCUUUCCUCGCCGAGUACAGCACCCAUGUCUCACUUACACACACACACACACACACACACACACACACACACACACACACACACACACACACACACACACACACACACACAGGUACAUUAUGCUGUUUCAAGAUGCUAGAUUUUAGAGGCAGGUACAAGUCAGGGAGAAUGUGUCUGACUCGUCAGCCUCUUCCGCACUCGUCGCCUGGAAAAGCAUCUCUCUCUCUCUCUCUCUCUCUCUCUCUUUCUCUCUCUCUCUCUCUCUCUUUCACACAUGCAUGAGUCCUCGCUGUGAACGAUGCUCCGAUAUGUUUACACCCAGAGGGAAAGAUCUGCAUGGAUGUCAGAGCUGCAACCAACGGUAGUUACUGAUUCAUUUGUACUUAUUACCGUUGUAUCGCUGUUAAGUAUUAGGUUCACUCCUCUUAACCUGAUACGGUCUUCUUUCCCCAUGAAGGUCACAUGCCCCAAAAGGAUUUUAUAAAGUUGUCAGAAAAUAAUAAAAAAAAUGCUAUCACAAGUCUCUAAUUUGCUACAAAUCGUUCGAUUUCCUAGUUAUUGAUCCUCUUUGAAUCUGACAUUAAACUGACCAGAGGGAAUUUUUCUUGUCUUUACGCACAUGGACGACAUGUGGCCGCAACCGAGGAUACUGCAGCGACUGAGAAUACAAUAAAUCAUUGAGUUGGACAACAGUGAUGUUACGUAAUUUAGGAAUGCACAUCUUUUUUUUUUCUUUUUUUUUUGCUGCAUUGAGAAUAUGACUGAAUGAGGAUGAGUUGAAUCCCCUCCUGCCCCCCAUGUUUGUAGAUACAUAUCUAUACAAAUGGAAGGGAGGCUGUAAGCUGCUUAACCCUGCGCUGACUCAGGAUACUCCGGCUUCCAUAAGAAGGAGACGACCUACGAUGAACAUUUUCUUUAUAUAAAAGAUGUGACGGACUCAGGAUCAACCGACCAGGAAAUGCAGAGAAUUUUAUUUUAACCUAUUAUAGCUGUAAGUGGUAUUAAGUUAAGAAGCUUUAAAAAAGAAGAAGUAAAAAGAGCCUGGUUGGCAGAAAGGUUUAUAACCACCAAGUAGGGUUUUUAAUCCCCAAAACACAGUGUUAUACUUGAUGAAAACAGGGGGGUGAAUCACCAGCUGCACAAGCCAUACAACAAGCUGAAAAACCACAUUUUCUGACAUCAAAGGCGAUAUGAAAUCUUUCUGCACGUCCCACCGCUCAGGAUUGUCUAAUUGGCAAGUUAUCCCCCAAACUUUGGUGCUUUGAUCAUCUUCACUUCCGCCUUUUAGCAGCUGUAGGGUGUGGACAAAUAGCAGGUCUAUUCCUGAGCUAAUCCAAUCUGCAGUCUCCUCAGCAGACCUCAUGCUGCAGUCCAUGGGAGACGCGUCUUGCUCACAAUGAAAGGACUAGUACUCUGUGUUUUUGCCGUCGUGAUGCUCACACCUGCUCAAGGUAAGGGGUUUUAUAGAAGCCGGACCUCAGCAGUAUCUUCUGCCCUUCAACACAAAGAACAGUAUCUAGUUCUUAAUGUACAACUUUUAUGUUUAAAAAAAAUCAUAUUUAUUUAUAGUUGAUAGUUAUCCAUGAACAACAGAUUCUUCUUCUUAUUAUUAUAUUGCGUUUUCUCAAAAUUAUGAAUUAUUGAAUGAAUUAUUAUCUGAUCAGUGUUAAUGUCAAAUGAGUAGGCUUCUUGAUUCGUGAAAUAUAAACAAAGCCUAUUUUAUCAAAGGUCCAUGCAAUAAAACAGGACUGUAAAUAUCAAUUUCUAUAAUUGAUUAAUCUGCUCAUCCGUUUACUUGGUUAAUCUGAAAUCCACACAGUAAAACAGUUCAAUUCCAAUCUGACACGCAACACUGUCUAUUUAUUUCAAUUACAAAAAUACUACCGUCAACAAUGAAAAGCACCAAAGCUUCUUCACCUUUGAGAGGCUAGAAAGGUCACCAUUUUGGUUUUGCUUAAAGGUGUAGAUUUUGUUGGAACACCUUUUAAUAGUAUCCGGUUUGUUUUGGAGCGGUUAAAUCUUCUCUCGUAGUUGUUUACCCUUAGUGAUCCGUGAUCGGUUUACAGAUCACCUGGCGGAGUUCGUUACGCACUCGAACUGCGGAUUAUUGCAGCUAAACGUUAACCAUCAAUGUGUGAAAUCGGAUCAAUAUCCGCAGACCUUCAGUCCGUUUUCACCCUUUUCCA